AACGGCCACGACAGUUUCUGUCCAAGAGCUAUCAUAGCAUUCUAGAAGAAAAUGGCAUCACAUUUGGCCAACAUUUUCGGUACUGAGCAAGACCGUGUCAACUGCUCUUUUUACUACAAAAUUGGCGCAUGCCGACACGGCGAUCGCUGCUCUCGAAAGCACAUUCGGCCGCCUUUCUCACAAACCAUUCUCCUACCGAAUGUCUACCAUAACCCCGCUCACGACCCCGUUUGCAAGUUGACGGAAAAGGACUUACAAGAAGGUUUUGAUGCGGUGUACGAAGACCUCUACUGUGAAUUGGCGAAAUUCGGACAUCUCCUUGAGUUGCAUGUAUGCGACAACGUUGGAGACCACCUGAUUGGAAACGUGUAUGCAAGGUACGAAUGGGAAGCGGAAGCUCAAGCGGCAGUGGACAACCUGAACGAUCGUUGGUAUGCUGGUCGGCCGCUUUAUGCCGAACUCUCACCAGUGACGGACUUCCGUGAAGCAUGUUGUAGGCAGAAUGAGAACGGAGAAUGUAAUCGUGGCGGAUUUUGCAACUUCAUGCAUCUCCGUCUUGCAUCAAAGGAACUUGUUGACUCCUUACGUAACGGUCAGAAGCUCGAGCGGAAACUGAACCCCCAGAAAUCGAUAGGGGGAGGCGGUGGCUGGGAACCUGGCAAACGAGAGGGCGGACGAGGGCGAAGUGCCAGUCCAGGAAGGAAGGGAAGAGAUGCUGGAGAAGAUAGGUGGACUCGCAAGAAAUGAAUUUUAUCAUUCUUUCCCUAUUCUAGCUGUCCCCUACAUACAUUCUCCUUGUCAAGUAGUCCAAUUGUAUCUGAGUGGCGGUAUAUUAUAUGACUAUUUUGUGCAUUGC